UGUAACUUGGACAGAAAACCAAGACACCAAUUAGGGUUUUGUUUUAAAAAUCACUUAUCUCCAAAUUCCAAAAAUGGCAAAGAGUUGUAAUUUGCUGUGCGUCGUGGGGGUACUACUGACUUUGUCAGUUGCCGGUCGAGUUUCCGGUCAACAGACACCAAAGUCAGCUCUGUUUCCCUUCGGAGACUCUUACUACGACCUCGGGAACAAGAAAUAUCUCACGACAGAGUUUCUUCCAUGCACUACUUGGCCGUACGGAAAAUCCACCGACCGUCCUAACGGCCGUUACUCCGACGGCAAGAUCACCCCCGAUUUCCUCGCUAUAUUCCUUAACCAACCGAUUACGAUCCCACCGGCCCUUCAACCCGACGCCGACGUCUCGAGUGGAGCCGGCUUCGCCGUUGGUGAUGCAACCGUUCUUGGAAGCCCAUCAGCAACUUUGACAUUGUCUCAACAAGUGGCGGAAUUCGAAAAGCAGAGGUCGAAGUGGACAGCGGAGUUUCUGCAAGAAGCCAUUUUCAUUUUCCAGAUUGGAACGAACGAUUAUCUCAACUUCAGCAAGUACUAUCCCUCGCCCGACGCCUCUACUCAACAGGGUUUUGUCACUAUGGUCACUAACGCAAUCGAGAACGAGCUUGUCAGGCUUUACAAGUUGGGAGUAAGGAAAUUUGGAUACCAGACGUUGGCACCACUCGGUUGCUUCCCCAUCGUGAAACAAGAACUCAAUCUUCUGGGAGAUGAUUGCUACGAGCCACUGAACGAAAUAGCAAAACAACACAACGAAAAGAUAAGGCCGAUGUUGAAAUCUUUAGCCCAGAAAUACAGCGGCUUUCAAUACACCGUUCUUGAUUUCUACAGCGCCAUCUCCCGCAGGCUUGUUAACGAUGGCACUCAGAUUUUCAAUAACUACAGGUUUUCCAACACGAUCAAUUCUUGCUGUGGAAUCGGAACGAACAACGCUUUCGGGUGCGGACGCAUUAACGUUCACUCCAACUUGUGCGAAUACCCGAGAGAAUACCUCUUCUUCGACGGCUUUCACAACAGCCAGAAAGCCAGCGAAGAAAUCGCUCACCUCUUCUUCAGCGGCAACAAAGACAUUGUCGGUCCAAUGACCCUCCGUGAACUUAGUGUUUACCCUAAUGGAAUGAACAUGCUCGAGUACUAGAACACUACAAUAUGUCCCUCGGAUCAAUUAGUUUCCUAAUUGAUUCUGCUGCUUCUACGUUAUGUGUGAAGAUGAAUAAGUCCUGAGUUCGUGUUGUAAUCGUUGUUAUAUGCAAUGAAAAUAAAGGGAUAUGCUCUGUGUUAGCACCCUUCAUUAAUAAAUCACUUCCAAGAA